CUCGAUCAUCUCUUGUUCUGAUGGCGGCAGGGGGAUGUGGGAUUGAUGAGCAACGUCCAUGACCCGUGUAGGAGCUGGACUGAUGCGCAUAUGGGCUGUUUUUUUUUGCUCGAGUCUCAGCCCCUUUCCCCCUUCCAUUUUCCCUGGCUGAGAGCCGGCUAUCGAUCGACGCGCGCACGCGGGUUGCAGGCCAGUUGCAGGUGACAACUCGGCAUGGGUCUGGCCAACUCGCGUCAACGCCAGGCAGAUGGCAUGGUGGUGACCGAGGUGGAGGCUAUGACAGCACAGCUGGUUUUGGCCUUAGAACAGGUCAAGAACGAUCAGGACUUGGAGGUCACACAGCUCGAGGCCAAGGUGGACGCUUUGGAGAGAUUGCUGAACCAACUUCGCACGGCACUGACGGCACCUGCAUCAAGUGCGCAGGAUGUCGACGAAUCCGAGCUGGCCCCGCUUCCGGCCAACGCCGCCAAGGAACUGCGACGUGGGGCGGGCAGUCGCUCUCGCAAAUUUAGCGAGACCAUGCUGGCUGAAUCAUGGCUCCGAGCCUCACCAACUUCAACGCCAACGCCUGACCACCGUGAUCGUGAGGCCCGCCUUUCCACAUCCAUGGACGUCUUUGAAGGUAUGAACUGCGCAUACCCGCUACCGCUGGGCCAACGUGGCCCAGCGACCUUCUUGGACCGCCUGCCGGCUCGACACACGGCACCCACUCACAUGUAUGCCACGGGCGCUUGCCUCAAUUUGCCAAUGCUAGAACCCUACCAGCGCUUCCGGGCAUCAAACGACCGCUUUUUGUUUUUUGGGCCUGCGGCAACGGUUCGGUUGGAAGCCCCGGACGGCCAGUUUGGCCUGGCGCUGGUUGGUGUCGAAAUGGCACCCAACGGCAAAGACCGUGCCGUUCUUGUCAAAGCCAUUCAUCCAGAUGCCCCGGCAGCACAACACAAGGCUAUCGGCCGGCAGGAUCGAAUCGUUGCCGUCAACAAUGUGGAUGUGUGUCACGCUGAUCAAGCAGAGGUCGUGAGGAUGAUUCAAGCCAGUGGCAAGCGAGUUGACCUCACCAUUGCCCCUUUUAUAAAGAUUAAGAAGGCGAGGCACGGCCGUAGCACGCGGACGCGGAGCCCCUCGGCCUGA